UUUUCAUUAUUCAAUUCAAUCAUAGUUAAGAUUGGACGUGUUUGUUUUGACGAAUAUUCGUUCUAAUUUUAAAUUAAAUGUCAAGAUGAUUUUGUCAAUCAUAUUUUUAAUUGUGAUUUUGGUGAUUACAUUUUCGUUUCUAAUUGGAUCAUACACUGAAUCUUACUGGGCGAAACGGAACGUUAAAUACCAUGGCGGGAAAAACAUCAUAGCAACAUUCUCAGAGUUUUUGUUUUCGAAUCGUGGCAUUUUUGAUAUAUUUGGUGAUAUUUACAAGCAGUACCCCGAUGAUCCAGCUGUGGCCACCCCGUCGCUACUGCGACCCGCUUUGUUCGUCAAACAUCCAGAAAACAUACAGCACGUACUAACAGACAACUUUAAAAACUUCUAUCACAGAGGUGUUGAGGUUAAUGACAAUGAUUUACUUGCUAAAAAUGUACUGUUCCUGAGUGGCAGUCGCUGGAAACUUAUGAGACAAAAAAUGACGCCUCUAUUCACUAGUGCGAAGCUGAAGAACAUGCACUACAUCAUAGAUAAGUGUGCUCAAGAUUACAUCGUUUAUCUGAAAGAGCAUUUUGAUGAUAAAGAUGCAAACGCAUUUGAAACAUUGUCUAUAUACAGCUGUGCAUCAAUACUAGCCUCAAUAUUCGGAAUUAAUAGUGGUGAGUCAACUGUAGACUCACCUUUUCUACAAAUGGCAAAGCAUGCCACAAAACCAACUUUAAAAGCCAACUUGAAAUUUAUUCUUAUGGCAUUGUCCCCAACAUUAUUUAAAAGGCUUGGACUUAAAUUUUUUGGCGAAUAUGAAAAAGAGUUCAUUGGUGCGAUCAGUCAAGUGAUAAGGAAACGUGAGCAAGAGAAUGUGAAGAAGCACGAUUUUGCCGAUAUCGCUGUGAGUUUGCAGAAAGAAGGUAAAAUGAAAGAUGAAUCAACUGGCUGUGAAAUAGACCCAACAGAUGAUGUAUUGGCAGCACAAGCUUUCUUUUUCCUAAUAGCUGGUGUAGAUCCAGUUACUAUGGGCAUGUUUGGAGCAUUAUUUGAACUAGCCAAACGACCUGAUAUACAGAAACGAUUGCAAGAAGAAAUCGAUAGUGCAUUUGAAAACAACACUGAAAUAGGGUAUGAUGUUAUUAGCAAAAUGGAGUGCUUAACAAAAGUGGUAAAUGAAUCUUUACGUAUGCACCCUCCAAUUUCCAUGCUCACCAGACAGUGUAUGGAUGAAUCAGUUCUGCCGGUUGGUAACAUAAGAGUAUCAAAAGGCACAAAGGUUGACAUACCAAUAAUGGCCAUUCACCAUGAUCCUCAGUAUUACCCAAAUCCAGAUGUGUAUGACCCUGAAAGGUUUUCAGCUGAAAACAAGAACUCCAGGCCAAACAUGACUUUUAUGCCUUUCGGUGAAGGAGGUCGGCUUUGCAUAGGACAACGAUUUGCCCAUCUGCAGAUGAAAACUGGACUGGCGUACGUCCUACGCCACUUCAACGUCAGGGUUGAUGACGUCACACAGAAGAUGACCUACUUGAAAUCAACGCUCAUCAUUCGACCAACCACUGACAUGAAUUUUACAUUUGUACCCAGAAAUAAAUAAAUAUAAUUAAUUAAGGUA